AUGGUCCAAUGCGAUGAUUCAGCCCGUCCAUUCAGUCCGCCGAGUCCCAGUCCAAUCAACCCGCAGAGCCCCAGUCCGUCCAAUCCGCCGAGCCGUCCUCUGAGCCGCACCCGCUCUCCAGCCUCUGUCCGCCCGCAAGACCGCAUCGAGGUCAUUCUCGAGAUUGGCCGUCGACGCGCCAAUUCUCUCUACGACACCGACACACCGCGUGCUCCUGUCGUUCCAAUGGAGUCUCUGCUCCACAAUGACAGUGCCGCCGGUCGACCGAUCGACUAUCAGAGCACGGCCGUGACCUCAGCCAGCAGCACACCCCCCCGACGACGCAGAGCACCGCCUACAGCGACGUCCGAGGCCAGUCACGACAGGCCAGACGGAGCGGAACAGCCGCUGAGCUGGUGGGCGUCACUGCUGGCUAGUGUGCAGACGCUGGAGCUAGAGAACAAGGGGAGUGUGGCAAGGGACCAUUUGGCAUUGGAACGAACUUUCCUCGCUUGGCUGCGCACCUCCCUCGCCUUUUCCUCCAUCGGCAUCGCCGUCACGCAGCUCUUCCGCCUCAGCACCUCCUCCGACAGCAGCUCGCAGCUCGACGCACUUCACCGCGUCGGCCGGCCGCUGGGCAGCACCUUUCUUGGCAUCAGCAUCUUGAUCCUCUUCCUGGGCUACCACCGCUACUACCAGAGCCAGCAGUGGAUCCUGCGCGGCAAGUUUCCGGCCAGCCGCGGCACCGUGCUGCUCGUCUCCGUCGUGGCCUUUGCCCUGAUGGUGGCCUCGCUCGUCGUCGUCGUCGUCGUGCAGCCGCACGGCUGA